UUCAGGGCUUUAACAUUUCGUAAUGAUGUUUAAUAUCAUACCAAAAAUAUGACAAAAAAAAUAUGAGCAAUUGUUGGCAGUCGUGCAUUGAGUUUGUUAAUAUGUAGAUUACCCAUUGUGAGGUAUCAAUAAAAUGAUAACAUAUUUUUUCAAAAUACUACGAUUUAGAGGCUGAGAAAGAUCAGAUCUUGAUAAAAAUAGCUUAAUAAAGUGUUCGAAAGACUUCAAUGAAUGAAAAUGGCAUUCUAUCACUGCAAUAGAUACAGAAUAAUCGUGCUUGUGCUUUUGAGUUUGAUUAUGUGGCAGUUUUUUCGACUAAUACCAGAAAAACCUGUAGCUCUGUUUUCAGAGAGCGUAGAUACCGACAUAUUGGAGCUCGAAGAUGAUAAAUAUAACAAGCACAAGCAGGAUAAAGUGAAGGUGCGAGUGUACUAUGAGGCUCUAUGUCCUGACUCAAAAUAUUUUUUUGUCAAAAAUUUAGCACCGGUGACAGAAAAGCUUUCAGAGUUCCUAGAUGUGACUUUAGUUCCUUAUGGCAAAGCGACGACCAAAGAAAUCAAUGGAAAGUACAUAUUUUCAUGUCAGCAUGGUGAAGAAGAGUGCUAUGCUAAUAAAAUACAUUCUUGUUCAAUAGAGGCUGUGAGUAAUAUGACUAAGGCUGUGAAAUUUACCACAUGUAUGAUCACAGAUAAUAAUGACGCUGAUGAAGCUCUUCAAAGGUGCUCAAAAUCAAUGAAUAUAGACUCUGAUCCAAUAAGUAACUGUGCAAAUACAGAUCACGGGUCAGAAUUAUUGAAGAAGCAUGGUGAUGACACACACAUUUUAAAUCCAACUUUUAUACCAACUGUAAUAUUAAAUGGCUCCAGAAGUAAUCAACCUGCAAUACUGAAGAAUUUCCUUCUGGAGAUCUGCAAACUAAUUGACAUACCGCUGCCGCCACCUUGCUUGUGACAAAUUAUGAUGUUAAGACCUAUGAGAAUCAAUCAUCAGACACUAUGAAGAUUGGGAGUUCAGAAUGAACGGAGACACAAUGCAGUGACAAUAUCAGCUGUGGAUUUUUAAACUAGGUUAAAGUACAUUGAGCAUAUAGAUUGCCCAUUAAGGGUUACUUAUAUCUGAAAUUCUAUAACUUC